AUGAUGUGUAAUUAUUUACCAUAUAAAGGUAUUAAAUGGUGUAAUCCUGAUUUGUGUAAUGCAGAAAAAAUUUUGAGAAAGAAAGAUGGCAAGGAAAACGGCUAUAUUCUCGAAGUAGGUUUGAAAUAUCCUGAAGAGCUUCACGAUCUUCAUUCUGGUUAUCCACUGGUUCCACUGUAUUUGAUAAUAAAGAAUUACCAAAAUUAACCACAACUCUAUAUGAUAAGAAAAAAUAUAUUCUAUAUUAUAUUAAUCUUAGGCUUUAUUUAAGUUUAGGUUUAAAAUUAGAGAAAAUACAUAGGGUAAUAAAAUUUAAUUAAAAAGAUUGGUUGAAACCGUAUAAAGAAUUUAACACAAAUCUUCGUUCAAAAACAGAUAAUAAAUUUGAAAAAGAUUAUUAUAAGUUAAUGAACAACAGUGUAUUUGGUAGGACUAUGAUGAACACUAAGGAAUAAUGAAGAUAUAAAAUUCAUUAAAGAUGAAAAAAAAAAAAUAGCAACUAUUUUUACAGAAAACUUAGUAGCUGUACAAAUAAAAAAAAUUAUGGUUGAAUUAAAACAAACAAUUUAUUUAGUAAUGUGUAUUUCAGAUUGAUAUUUAUAAUUGUCUAAACGAAAAAAAUCCAAAAUAUGUAAAACAGAACACUAUUAGAACAGAAAAACAUGAAAUAUAUAACUUUGAACAAAACAAAAAAGCUCUUAGUGAAUAUGAUGAUAAAAGAUAUAUUCUAGAAAAUGGUACGAAUACUUUAGCUUGGGGACAUUCUUUAACAAAAGUAGAAAGAGAAAAUUACAGAGAAUACCUUGAUAAAUUAAUAUUGAUUUUAUAAAGUAAAAUAAUAACAAUAAAAAAGAAUGAUAAUUUUAAUAUAAAUUAUUUUUGAGAUAUAAUCUAUUUCACACGCAAUACAUAACAUAUAACAUUAUUUAUUUUUGUUAAAGAGAACUAUACCUAGUACAAUGUUUAUGUAAUAAUUGUUUUCAUUAUUAUCUUUUCAAUUAAUUUUUUGAAUAUUAUUUUUAAUUAUUGUUUAGUUUAUUUUUUUUCAAAAUCCGAAAGUACUCAUUAAGUGUAGAUGAUACAAUAUUUUGGCGAUGAGUUUGUUUUGAUACAAAGUUGAGUCCAGGUUCAAUUUAUUUGCAAAAAUAUAUCGUGUAACAAUUUUCUUCUUACAUAGAUCUUUUUUUCUAAAAUAUUCUAAGAAAUUCGAGUGUGUAUACAUUGAUGUACUGUAUGCAAACGAGUAAUAAAGGAUUUUAAAUUAUUAACGAUUAUUUUGUUCGUAAAGUGAUGAAGAGGAAAGUGAUAUAGAUGAACAGUUGAACAAUCAAACUGAAGAAUUAACCCGUAACGACGUCAUUUUCACAUCUGACGAGUCGAAUACCCAAGAGUCUUACCAACGCAACUUGCGGUAAGUGGAAACAUACUUUAAAAAAUUAAAUACAUCUAUAAACUAUAUACUCAUCGUAAAACUUUUUUAUUUGGAUAGUAAUAAUGGAAGAGAAACGCAAAGAUCUACGUCUUUUCCUCAGCAAUUCAUAAGAAUAGUGUUUAUACAGCAAAUUAAUUCAGAAAGGUAAAAAUGAAAUAUAUUAUAGCACAGAAUUUUUUAAAUUUAGUUGUUGGCGGAAAUAACACAGGACUAGGAUUUAUAUUUAAUGUGCAAUAAAAAAAUUUUAAAAUAUGGAAAGAAAAUGUUUUAUUAUUUCAAUACAUUUUGUUGUUUGUUUUGAUUUUCUAAUGUAUUUUCGACGUAAGAUCGUUUAGAUUCAGCAUUUACAUUAAUAGUUUUUGUAUUUAAAUGAUGUUUUUAUAAAUAGUACUCACUUUUGUUUAAACCACUUAAUCUAUACAAUGAAAAUGUCCUUAACUGUACGAUAAUAAAUGAAAUGAAAUAAAUUAUUACUGUCUCACAAUAUAAAUGUGUCGUUAAAUAAUGAGUAGGUAUAUCUAUCCGUCAACCGAUCAAGAUAAGAUAAUAAAAAGUAGUAUUCUAACGACAUUUCAAAUAAUAAGCCAAUAAUUAUAGACAGUAUUUAAAUAAUGGCUAUUUAAAAUUAACAAAGUUAUAAAUUCAAGUUUAAAAUCUAACUUAUAUAUCAAAAUAUCUCAAAAACCUAUAAACACGAAAUUACAAACAUUAUGUUCAAAAUAUCUAAAAAUCGAAACAAAAAAAAAAGUCACAUCGUUCUUUUUAUGUCUAUCAAACUAUUCACAUCAUUAAUCGAAGAAGUCAUUUUCAUAAUGUCCCAAUAAUUGUUCAAUUAUUCUUUUACACUCACGAUAAAUUUUAUAUUUUCCGUUAUUAACAGAAGUGAUGUGUUUAAAAAUACUAUUAUAAAAGGUAUUCCAUUUAUUGGACCAAAAAAAAUUACUAAUGACUGAAUUAAAGAGUCGACAUCUGUUAUAUUCAAUGUUUAUUAUGUAUAUGUUUAUUAUACAUAAAGAUUCGAAAUUACUUAUAUAGGUUAGAUGUUACAAUAUUUAGGCGAUGAGUUUGGUUUGACACAAAUUUAUGUCCAAGUUCAGUUUAUUUGCAAAGGUAUAUAUCGUGUAACAAUAUUCUUCUUACAUAGAUCUUUUAUUCUUAAAUUUUCUAAGAAAUUCGAGUUUGCAUACGUUGAUGUACUGUAUGCAAACGAGUAAUAAAGGAUUUUAAAUUAUUAAUGAUUAUUUUGUUCGUAAAGUGAUGAAGAGGAAAGUGAUAUAGAUGAACAGUUGAACAAUCAAACUGAAGAAUUAACCCGUAACGACGUCAUUCUCACAUCUGACGAGUCGAAUACCCAAGAGUCUCGUCAACGCAACUUGCGGUAAGUAGAAACAUACUUUAAAAAAUUAAAUACAUCUAUAAACUAUAUACUCAUCGUAAAACUUUUUUAUUUGGAUAGUGAUAAUGGAAUUGAAACCCAAAGAUCUACUUCUUCCCCUCAGUCAUUUGUGAGAAGAAUUUAUAUACAACCAUUGUUUUCACAGAGGUAAAAAUAUAAUAUAUUAUAAUACAGAUUUUUUAAAUUUGGUCGUUGACGGAACUCAAACAUUUCAAAACCUGAAUUUAUUUAAAUUUAUACUCCGCUAAUUGAAUGAAAUAUUGAAUAAAGGUGGUUAUUUCAAAACUUGAUUCAUAGUGUCCACGGGGCCAUCCUCUCGGAAAACAGUAACCUACAUUAUAUAGCAACGAUUGUUGAUGAAAUUUUAGGAGGGUGGCAGUAAAAUUUAAUGAAUAUCUGCAACCAAUGGUUAUCAAAUACUAAUGAAAUACGAUUCCGAGCUUAUUUCGGUUAAAAGUGUUUCUUCAUCUGCAAUACAUAUGUCAUAAGUAAUUGCCCUUGCAUUAUGAAUUUUAAGACCAAUUUACUGCGAUAAACACAAUCGUCUAUUAACAUAAUAAUAAUAAAGUACUCGAAUUUACAUUUGAAAUUGGAAUAUAACUCCAAGUUAAAUAACAUUAACACAGUGACCUAUGCGUAUUAAUCUAACAUAUAUGUAUUACAAUUUUAAUUUCGAUUGUUUCGUUUGCAUCAACACGCACCGAGAUUGUUCGAUCUUAAACCCGUUUCACAACAUACUAGAUUUUGUGUUAUCUCUACCGUACAAGCUAAUUAUAAACAUUAGGUGCCACCUGAUGUAAUAUACCAUGUUCUAUAUUCUCUGCACUUCAUGAAAUAUGAUCAAAGCCGGAAUAAUAAAAUUAGUGACCUUGGGUCAAUUGAUUUUUCGGGGCUUUUAUUUUACAAAAAAAAAGUAUUUUCCUGAUAUCAUGUCAAUUUAUAUGUGUUAGUAUAAUAAGAAUAAUAUUUCCCUAAGAGCCCAUAUGUAAAUUAAGUAGUUAAUUUAUUGAAGAAUACACUUUAAUUAGGUUGGAAAUAAAAAUUAUAUAGAAGUAAUAAAAGAUCACAAACAAAUGAUUAUUUAAAAUAUUUUAAUGAGGAUUUAACCAAUAUUAAUGUAUCUAAAACGUCAUCAAUUAAAAGUUUUCAACAUGGCGAUUUUAAAUUCGAUAAAAUUGUUAAUGCAUUAAAAACAUUCAAACGUUCAAAAUAUGUUUAUUAUACAUAGAGAUUCAAAACUAUAAAGGUUAGAUGAUACAAGAUUUUGGCGAUGAGUUUGAGUUGAUAACAAUGAUUGCAUGUUUAUGGCCAAGUUCAAAGUAUUUGAACAAUUAUAUUUCAUAUUACAAUUCUCUUCUAACGUAUAUCCUUGUUUCUUAAAUUUUCUAAGAAAUUUGAGUGUGUAGACGUUGAUGUACUGUAUGUAAGUUAGUAUUAAGAGCUUGUAGUUUAUUUACGACUAUUUAAUUCGUAUAGUGUCGAAGAAGAACCAUUUCGUCAUGAUUUAGAUGAAGAACUGAACAAUCUAAUUGAGGAAUUAACUCGUAAUGACGUAAUUAUAAUAUCUGACGACUCGGAUUCCGACGACUCAAACCAACGCAACUGGCAGUAAGUGGAAAACUAGUUUUCAAAAUUAAAUACAUCCAUAAACUAUAUUCCCAUCGCGUAACUUAUUUGUUUAAAUAAUGGUAACGGAUGUGGAACGCAAAGUUCUACAUCUUCUCUUCAGCUAUUAAACAUAUUAUUAUAUAAGGUAUUUCCUUUAUUGCAUCAAAACGAAUUUCGAACGACUGAACUAAAGAGUUGACAUAAGUUGUAAACAAUAUUUAUUAUGUAUAUGUUAAUUAUACAUAGAGAUUCGACCUUGCUUAUAUAGGUUAGAUGAUACUAUAAUACGGAGAUGAGUUUGUUUUGACACUACUGAUUGCCAGAUAAUGUCCAAGUUAAAAUUAUAUGCACAAUUAUAUAUCAAAUUAUAAUUCUCUUAUAACAUAGAUCUUUUUUUAUUAAAUUUUCUAAGAAUUUUGAGUAUGUGGAGAAUAAAUUACUGUAUGUAAAUUAGUAUUAACAGCUUGUAGUUUAAUAACNAUAAGUUGUAAACAAUAUUUAUUAUGUAUAUGUUAAUUAUACAUAGAGAUUCGACCUUGCUUAUAUAGGUUAGAUGAUACUAUAAUACGGAGAUGAGUUUGUUUUGACACUACUGAUUGCCAGAUAAUGUCCAAGUUAAAAUUAUAUGCACAAUUAUAUAUCAAAUUAUAAUUCUCUUAUAACAUAGAUCUUUUUUUAUUAAAUUUUCUAAGAAUUUUGAGUAUGUGGACAAUAAAUAACUGUAUGUAAAUUAGUAUUAACAGCUUGUAGUUUAAUAACGGUUAUUUAAUUCGUAUAGUGUCGAAGAAGGAAUUGAUUUAGAUGUACAAUUGAACAAUCUAACUGAAGAAUUAACCCGGAAUGACGUGAUUGUAAUAUCUGACGAGUCGGAUUCUGAAGACUAUCACCCAGGCAACAUGCAGUAAGUGGAAAACUACUUUAAAAAAUUAAAUGCAUCCAUAAACUAUAUUCCCAUCGCGCAACUUAUUUGUUUGAAUAAUGGUAACGGAGGUGGAACGCAAAUUUCUACGUCUUCUCUCAAGCAAUUCGAGAUAAUAGUGCUUAUACAGCCAAUCAAUUCAAAGAUUUGUAAAUUAAAUUAAUUUUUGAACAGAAAUUUGUGAUUUGGGCGUUCUCGGAAUUUAAACAUUUCAAAACGAGAAUUUAUUAAAACUUAUACUCCGCCAGUUGAAUGGAAUUUUGAAGAAAGUUUAUCAUUUCAAUAUCAAUNCAGUAAGUGGAAAACUACUUUAAAAAAUUAAAUGCAUCCAUAAACUAUAUUCCCAUCGCACAACUUAUUUGUUUGAAUAAUGGUAACGGAUGUGGAACGCAAAGUUCUACGUCUUCUCUCCAGCCAUUCGAGAUAAUAGUACUUAUACAGCCAAUCAAAUCACAGAGUUGUAAAUUAAAUUAAUGUUUGUACAGAAAUUUGUGAUUUGGGCGUUCUCGGAAUUUAAACAUUUCAAAACGAGAAUUUAUUAAAACUUAUACUCCGCCAGUUGAAUGGAAUUUUGAAGAAAGUUUAUCAUUUCAAUAUCAAUUUUGAUUCUUAGUGUCCCUCCGGCCACCCUCUCGGAAAACAGUAACCUUCGCUACAUAGCAACUGUCGUAGUUGAACAUUUAUGAGGGUAGUUUUAAAAUUUAAUAAAUACCUGUACCAUCAGUGAAUAAUACGCAAUUAAUAACUAUAGCCACGAAACUACAAACGUUACGAUCAUUAUGUCCAAAAAUAAGAAAAAAAAAAUUUUAAAUGUUCUAUCUAACCGAAAAUAGGGUAAAUCUUUGACAAAUCUAAGAGCCAAUUUUUAAGGGGUUAAGAUAAAAAUCAUUCUAAUCCAUAUAAAUCCAACAACCAUGUCUUAUACACAAUUCACAUCACUAAUCGAAGAAGAUUGAUUCAUUAUGUCCCAAUAAUCGUAGCUUUUAUGAUCAUUUACAAAACAUUACUUUUUUUAAUAUUUAAAUAAUCUUUUACACUCACGAAAAAAUUUAUAUUUUCCUUUUCUAACAGAGUGUUGUGUUUAAACAUAUUAUUAAAUAAGGUGUAUCAAUUAUUGCACCAAAACGAAUUUCGAACGACUGAACUAAAGAGUCGACAUAAGUUGUAAACAAUAUUUAUUAUGUAUAUGUUACAAAACAUUACUUUUUUUAAUAUUUAAACAAUCUUUUGCACUCACGAAAAAAUUUAUAUUUUCCUUUUCUAAAAGAGUGUUGUGUUUAAACAUAUUAUUAUAUAAGGUAUUUCCUUUAUUGCAUCAAAACGAAUUUCGAACGACUGAACUAAAGAGUUGACAUAAGUUGUAAACAAUAUUUAUUAUGUAUAUGUUAAUUAUACAUAGAGAUUAGAACUUCCUUAUAUAGGUUAGAUAAUACUAUAAUAUGGAGAUAAGUUUGUUUUGACACUACUGAUUGCAAGAUAAUGUCCAAGCUAAAAUUAUAUAUCAAAUUAUAAUUCUCUUAUAACAUAGAUCUUUUUUUAUUAAAUUUUCUAAGAAUUUUGAGUAUGUGGAGAAUAAAUUACUGUAUGUAAAUUAGUAUUAACAGCUUGUAGUUUAAUAACGGUUAUUUAAUUCGUAUAGUGUCGAAGAAGGAAUUGAUUUAGAUGUACAAUUGAACAAUCUAACUGAAGAAUUAACCCGUAAUGACGUGAUUGUAAUAUCUGACGAGUCGGAUUCUGAAGACUAUCACCCAGGCAACAUGCAGUAAGUAGAAAACUACUUUAAAAAAUUAAAUGCAUCCAUAAACUAUAUUCCCAUCGCGCAACUUAUUUGUUUGAAUAAUGGUAACGGAUGUGGAACGCAAAGUUCGACGUCUUCUCUCCAGCCAUUCGAGAUAAUAGUGCUUAUACAGCCAAUCAAUUCAAAGAUUUGUAAAUUAAAUUAAUGUUUGUACAGAAAUUUGUGAUUUGGGCGUUCUCGGAAUUUAAACAUUUCAAAACGAGAAUUUAUUAAAACUUAUACUCCGCCAGUUGAAUGGAAUUUUGAAGAAAGUUUAUCAUUUCAAUAUCAAUUUUGAUUCUUAGUGUCCCUCCGGCCACCCUCUCGGAAAACAGUAACCUUCGCUACAUAGCAACUGUCGUAGGUGAACAUUUAUGAGGGUAGUUGUAAAAUUUAAUAAAUACCUGUACCCAUCAGUGAAUAAUACGCAAUUAAUAACUAUAGCCACUAAACUAAAAACGUUAUGAUCAUAAUGUCUAAAAAUAAGAAAAAAAAAAUUUUAAAUGUUCUAUCUGACCGAAAAUAGGGUAAAUCUUGGACAAAUCUAAGAGCCAAUUUUUAAGGGGUUAAGAUAAAAAUCAUUCUAAUCCAUAUAAAUCCAACAACCAUGUCUUAUACACAAUUCACAUCACUAAUCGAAGAAGAUUAAUUCAUUAUGUCCCAAUAAUCGUAGCUUCUUUGAUCAUUUACAAAACAUUACUUUUUUUAAUAUUUAAACAAUCUUUUACACUCACGAAAAAAUUUAUAUUUUCCUUUUCUAACAGAGUGUUGUGUUUAAACAUAUUAUUAAAUAAGGUGUAUCAAUUAUUGCACCAAAACGAAUUUCGAACGACUGAACUAAAGAGUCGACAUAAGNGUUAAAAUUAUAUGCACAAUUAUAUAUCAAAUUAUAAUUCUCUUAUAACAUAGAUCUUUUUUUAUUAAAUUUUCUAAGAAUUUUGAGUAUGUGGACAAUAAAUAACUGUAUGUAAAUUAGUAUUAACAGCUUGUAGUUUAAUAACGGUUAUUUAAUUCGUAUAGUGUCGAAGAAGGAAUUGAUUUAGAUGUACAAUUGAACAAUCUAACUGAAGAAUUAACCCGGAAUGACGUGAUUGUAAUAUCUGACGAGUCGGAUUCUGAAGACUAUCACCCAGGCAACAUGCA